CGGCGUGGGGGGUCACGUGGGACGGCGGCUCGGCCGUCAUGGCGGCCAUGGCGGCGGAGAAGGAAGCGGAGGCGCAGCGGCUGCUGAGCGAGGCGGAGCGGAAGGUCCGGGGGGCUCAGUCCUUCCUCGGGGGCCUCUUCGGGUGCGUGCGGGCGGCGCGGGCCGGGCGGCGGCACCGGGGAGGCCGCGGGAGCCCCGGGGGGACGUUAAUUCCAUGUUUUUCUCUGUUUCCAGAGGCAGGAGCAGCGUUCUCCAGGGUAGCCCAGCUGCAGCUGCAGCUCCAGAGCAAACACGACGCCGCCACCAAUUUCGUGGACGCCGGGCACGCCUUCAAGAAGGCAGAUCCGCAGGAGGCUGUCAAUUGCCUGCUCCGUGCCAUCGAGAUCUACACAGACAUGGGCCGUUUCACCAUCGCGGCCAAGCACCACGUCUGCAUCGCUGAGAUCUACGAGAGCGACCUGCUGGACAUCCAGAAGGCCGUGGCGCACUACGAGCAGGCGGCCGAUUACUACCGAGGGGAGGAAUCCACCAGCUCAGCCAACAAGUGCCUGCUGAAGGUGGCGGCGUACGCGGCGCAGCUCGAGCAGUUCCCGCGCGCCAUCGACAUCUACGAGCAGGUCGGGCCUUCCUCCCCUCCCCUCCUCCUC